CGCAGGUCACCAGUACUCCACAGAAGCCGCCCCUGCAGUGAGGACAGACAUGCAAGUGUGGUCCCAGGCGUCCUGGCACGCCUGCCGCUUUCGCCUUACAAUCCAUGCCUGAAGCUUCCGUCACAGCUAAGUGAACCCGUUCCUAGCCUUCUUUGGGUCCGCUGCCCAUGACACCUUCCUGGAAAUCCUGGCACUGAAGUUCAACAUGGAUGAAGCUUUGUGGGGCCCUGCUCCUGAAAACAGGGACAGUGCUGUGAAAGUCAAGGUGGAAGAUUCCGCGUGGGAGCAGGUGUCCAGCACACAGCAGCACGGCUCCCACCCUCAGGAGAUUUGCCGCCUGCGCUUCCAGUGCUUUAGCUACCAGGAGGUGACUGGACCUCUGGAGGCUCUGUCCCGGCUCCGUGAGCUGUGCCGGCUGUGGCUGCGGCCCGAGACGCACAGCAAAGAGCAGAUGCUGGAGCUGCUGGUGCUGGAGCAGUUCCUGCGCAUCCUGCCUGCGCGCAGGGUGCUGGAGCGGCGCCCACAGAGCGGCAAGGAGGCCGUAGCAGUGCUGCAGGAUGCAGGGCCCGACAUGGGAGACACAGCACAGCAGGCCUCCGUCUACACUCAGGGACAGGACACGCAGGACAGUCUGGUGACAGACUGUCGAGGGGCCUCUUUGGAGAGUCACAGCCUCCACCUCCUGCCUGGGGCGACCACUGUGAAGUGUGAGCCUCCAGAGUUUCCCAACGAGAACGUCCAAGCCGUGAGCCUAAGUGCCAGGGGGCCUGCUCCCCAGGGACCAGCUCCUCUCCAGAAAAGGCCCCCAGAGACGCGGCACCAGUACCCGAAUUCAAGUCAGCCACACCCCAGACAUCAGGGAAGACCGAGGACAAAGGGGCCCAGGCCCUUGUCCCCGAGGAGUGGCCACACCUGCAUCUGGCUCGGAGGAAGCUCUGUGGGGACUCAGCUCAGGAGCAAGAAGCAUCUGAAGAGAUGGACCAAUGUAUACCCUCAGGAAUACCCAAAAGGAAACGGUGUUGGCAGGAAAGUCACAGAGUCUGUCGCUGUCACAGGGCUGAGCAUCAGGGACCUGCCUCUGGACGUCACAGGCUCAGUGGGUGUCUGCCUGGCUGCGCGAGGGCCCGACAGAGCCCGGGGCAACAAGGAGCACGACCUGUCUGCCCACCCCCCUGCUGCAGAAGAGGCUGGCCCAGCCCCUCCCAGAUUCACAGCUGAAGAUCAUGUGCCCCAGGUCGCGUGUGGCACUCCUGUCACUGACGCAAGGCCAGCUGCACAUUUGAACGCUGUGAAGCAUCGUCACCCAGGCGACCUGUGGGCCCGAACGCACAUCUCAUCCCCGGAAUACGCUGCAGGAGACAUCACCCGGAAAGGGAGGAAAAAAGACAAAGCUCGAGUGAGUGAACUCCAAGGCCUUGCAUUUUCUGGUGACUCAGAUGUGGAAGAAAGUAACGAGCCAGAGGCCCAGCCGGCUCCCAAAAAGCUAAAGUCGUCCAGUGUGCCAGAGAGGACCGGGGCCCAAAGAGACGGUAAACCCAGCUUUCCGAGCUGGUCGGUGCUGGACUCUGGCCUGUUGAAUCUCCAGAGUGAAAAGCUGAGCCCAGCAGAGCUCUUCGAAUUAUUUUUUGAUGAUGAGACAUUCAACCCGAUUGUCAGUGAGACCAGUAAGUAUGCCUCUCAGAAAGAUGUCAGCUUGGAAGUCACCGUUCAGGAAAUGAGGUAUGUGUUUGGGGUCCUUCUCUGGAGCGGAAUUGUGAGACGACCCACAAGGGGAAUGUACUGGAAGAUCUCGGAUGCUGGUCAGAGCCAGGUCCGAGAAAGAGACAGAUUUGAACUGAUUUUCGCACACCUGCAUUUUGCAGAUAAUAGCUGCCUAGAUCCAAAGGACAAGUUUACAAAAUUGAGGCCUCUCAUAAAGCAAACGAAUAAAAACUUCCUCCUGUAUGCGCCACUCCAAGAAUCCUAUAGUUUCGACAAGACAAUGUGUGAGCGCUUUGACAGUGGCCCGUCCCUGAACAGGAGGCCUGUAAGGAUUGGCUGUAAAAUGUGGUGCGGCACAACCACGCAGGACUAUCUGGUUUGGUUUGAGCCCCAUCAGGAAGACUGCACGAUGACGGCAGAUAAGAAUCUUGAUCUUGGUUUGGGGGGAAACCUGGUGAUGCGUUUUGCUGAUGCUCUUUUAGAGAGAGGUCAGCACCCCUACCACCUGUGUUUCAAUGGCUUCUUCACAAGUGAGUUAGUGUCAGCCUUGAAGAAGAAAGGUGAGAACAGGAUGGAGAAAUGCCCCCUUAUGAAUGCAGCGCGUAUGAAAACAACGAAGAAGGGGUAUUUCGAUUUCCGAGUGGAAGAAAACGACGAGAUAAUCUUGUGCCAUUGGCACGGCGAUGGCGUUUCCAGCCUGUGCUCCAGGGCUGUUGGCAUGGAGCCGGUCGGUGAGGUCAGCUGCUCCGUGGACGACCAGAUCUCUCAGAUAAGCCGCCCGUCCGUAGUGAAAUUGUAUGAUGAAUGCAGGGAAGGUGCAGCUAACAUGGAUCAGAUCAUUUCGCAGUACAGGGUGAGAAUAAAAAGCAAGAAAUGGUACUCAGUUUCGGUGAGCUCCGUGGUUGAUGGAGCCAUGAACAACGCCUGGCAGCUACACCAAGCCUGUAACCCAGGCGCCGCCCCGGACCCCUCGGACUUCCGGAGACGAGUUGCACGCGUCUACUUGGGGCCCGGCGCGCUGGUCUGUCGGGGCAAGGCAGAUGAAGGAGGCGCUGGGUGGACAGCAGUAAGACAGAAGGAUCGCAAGCACACAGCGGUCUGUACUUUCCUAAAGCAAAUCUGAUGUAGGUGAUGUAAUUAUGUAACUAAUAUUUGAAACAUUGAUACCGAUUUUCAAAGACUGUUACGACAAGUAAUGCACCUUUUAAAAUGUUGAACUCCAGUGGUACCUUCUUCUGCGUCUAAUUCUGGUGUCAGACGUGUGCGAACAUAUUUACUUGUUGAAUUAUCUUGCACGUUGAAGGAAUGGAGUCCUGCCCUUUUGCAGUAAUCUCCUCUGGAGGGUGUCAUUUUUUUACAUGCAGGCAAUGCCAUAGGAAGCACGGAAAGGCACUGAAUCCAUAGCUGAAAAUCGAGACAGAAGCCAUGAGAUAAGGGUGCUCUAAACCAAGCGGGGCUGUGGCUGCGGCCCGAGACCCACAGCAAAGAGCAGAGGUGGGAGCUGCUGGUGCUGGAGCCGUUCCUGCGCAUCCUGCCCGCGGGUCCAUAUGCCAACCAUGGACUUUUAUUCUUUUGUAAAUGUUUUCAUGAUAUUCAUUUGCUACUCUUUGAGGAGAUAAUAUCAUAAUUCAGGUGGUAUAAAAAUCAGUCAUGAAGUGAGAAUAAAAUACAGAUAAAUUAGGUAAUGCUCAGCAUCUUGGUUCUCACCUUCUAUUUAUUUCUUUUGGGCAACCAGGUGCUCUUGACAGCUGCACCGUCCUGCCCGAAACCCCACCCCCACCUGCAGCCCCCAGACCACAUGCAGCCCAGCACAGAAUUGUCAAUGUACUUAAAACAUCAUGAGAUUUUUUGAGAGUAUGUGGUGCUGCGUAUUUAACGUGUGGCCCAGAGAUGCCAAAACGUUGGACACCCUGGUAGACAGUGCAUCGAGACUAACGCUCCAGGUCAGCGGAUAUUUAACUAAUUAUUGCUCAGGCUUCAAAACCCAUUAGUGUGGGACCAUCUUGGCCUUCUUACGUGUUGAUUUUCAAAGCGGCGUUUGGUGCUGUCUCCUCCAUUAGUCACGAUGAGCACUGAGCACUGCAACUGUUCAGGUGACCCCUCGGCUAUCACUUUCCUGUAAACAUCUUUUGUAGACCAUCCUUUUCUUCUUCAUGUUAGUCAGAAUUUCAGUCUUGUGACUUCAGGUGAGAAAACUUUCUAGUCAGCAGUAUGCGAGAAGUAUUAUAUAUAUUUCAAAUGCAGCUACUUCUACAAAACUAUGUCUGUAACUACUUCCUACACUAACUUUGUCAGUGUAUCACUUAUUUAUUAUAAAAAUAUGCUUUUGUCAUUUCAUCUCAUAUUUCUCACUUGAUUUCCGGUACCAGCAGCCACCUCCCUAUUUACAAUAUCAUUCUGAGACUCUGGAAUUACUGUAUAGCAAGGGUUUCCAGUCACUUUUCAUAAUUAAUUUGCAUUGUGAUGUAUUCUUUCCUGUUUAACCCAAAGCUUUUGUAUGUAUAUCCAAAUGCCUGUUUUUCUCUCAGCUUCCAAGCCUUGGUACUUAGAGUAAAUUAUUUGUUUUACA